AUGGAAAUUCUGGAUUAUAAACUAGAUUUAAAAGUAAUGAAACAAGAUUUGCUAAGAGGAAUUUACGAGUGUUCUCAACGGGGCCUUCUUCAUAGUGUUAAAUGGUUAUCAGAAAUAAAUCAUGCACUCUCUCAUGUAAAGUUAUUCCCUGAGGAAUAUCCCCAUUUUGUGCAAGACUUGGAAGAUGAAAUGGAAGCCUAUCUGAUGUCCAAGUCAUAUUUUGACUUAAAAGAAUACGACAGAGCAGCAUUCUUUGUUAAAGACUGCAGUAAAUCAAAGACAAGGUUUAUUUAUUUUUACUCUCGCUAUUUAUCUAUAGAGAAAAAGAAAUUGGACAAUAUGACAGACACACAUUGUCCACCUGAUCCUACGAAGAAUGAGGAAAUGAGAGACUUAUGUAGUGAGCUAAAACAAGAUUUUUAUGAUGAUAAAUUGGAUGCUUUCUGCUCAUAUUUAUAUGGAGUUAUUUUAAAGAAAUUGGAUUUACAAUCUUUAGCAAUUGAGGCCUAUAUUAAAGCAGUAAAUACUGAGCCUAUGCUCUGGUGUGCUUGGUUUGAGUUGGGAAAGUUAAUACCUUUAUCACCAGAAAAAAAUAACUUAAAUUCCAUAAAACUCCCUAAUCAUUGGAUUAAGCAGUUUUUCUUGGGUCAUGCCUACUUGGAACAAUUAAAUAACGAUGAAUCGUUGCAAAUUUAUUCAAAUUUAAUGGCCCAGCAGCUGGAGAAUUCCACAUACUUAAUGGCGCAGAUUGCUUUGGGACAUCAUAAUCGUAGAGAGCUAAAUGAAGCAAUAACAAUGUUCCAAAAAAUCUUAUCGGUGGAUCCAUAUCGUUUAGACAAUUUAGAUACAUAUUCAAACUUACUUUAUGUCCAAGAAAUGAAAACUCAACUAGCAGAUUUAGCACACAAAGUGGUUAUAAUAGAUAAAUACCGAGUAGAGACUUGUUGCGUUAUAGGUAAUUACUACAGCUUGAGAUCUGACCAUCCCAAUGCUGUAUUAUACUUUAGAAGAGCCUUAAAAUUAAAUCCGCAAUUCUUAUCCGCCUGGACUUUGAUAGGUCACGAGUUUAUGGAAAUGAAAAAUACAAAUGCAGCCAUACAGAGUUACAGAAAUGCCAUAGAAAUAAAUAAGCGCGAUUAUAGGGCAUGGUAUGGCCUAGGACAAACCUAUGAAAUAAUAAAAAUGCCUUUCUAUUGUCUGCACUACUACAAACAAGCACAACAGCUUAAACCUAAUGACAGUAGGAUGAUUAUCGCAUUGGGAGAAACGUACGAGAAAUUAGAUAAGACUGAAAAUGCACUUAAAUGUUACUACAAGGCCUGUAGUAUAGGUGACAUGGAUGGGUUGGCAUUAAUUAAAUUAGCAAAAUUGUAUGAUAAGUUAAAUGAAAUUGAUAAUGCUGCGACAGCAUUUACAGAAUACUGUUUAAGAGAAGAUGAUAAUAAAGAAAAGGUUUAUGAAGAACAAACUGAAUUUUAUAAUGCCUUACAGUACUUGGCAAAUUAUCACCUUAAGAAAGGUGAAUUGGAUGAUGCUUAUACUUAUGCAUAUAAAUGCAUGGAGUGUGAAGAGACAAAAGAGCAGGGCAAAGCCCUACUGAAAGAUAUUGCCAACCGAAGGGUUGAACAAGAUACUGAACCAGUACCAAUGAAUGAAACCGGAAACCAGCCAAGUACAAGUCUAAUUUUUUCUGAAAACUCACCAUUAUAUUAA